UUAAAUGCAAGAAGAAACUGGAGAGCUCGAGAGUACUGAGAGAAGAGAUAUUCCGCCAUGAAGAAGAAGAAGAGAACCCUAUUUGGUAUGGAGAUUUUCUUGACGAAUCCCAUGUCUUUCAAAAUCCGUAGAGAAUCACCACUCAUCUCCACUCUCAAAUCUUCAAUUUCCACCAUGCUUCUUGAUUUUUUCGCUGAAUUCACCGAUGAAAUUCUCUCUGAAUAUAUUACCGUGAUGAUCUGCAAUGGAAAGGAUCAGUAUCAGGCAAGGGAUGAUUUAGAGGCGUUUCUUGGUGAUAAGAGUGCUGAAUUCGUGAGUUGGUUAUGGGAUCAUCUCUUGAAUUGCCAUCGUAAAUGUGAUGAAGAUAUUCGCAUAAGGGUUCUAAAAGAAGUUUCUGUCACCAGUCCUGAAAUAAGUGAUAGAGAAAGAGACUCAAGAAGUAGCAGGAAACUUUGCAAGACUCAUAGACAUGAGCCUUUGAGAGAAAUUGAGGAAGAUGAAAAGAUUGUUGGUGGCUCAGCAAGCAGAAAUGAAGGCGUUGUGUAUGUGAAGAAGCCUGAGCAGGUUCUUGAUCAUAAUGAGCCUAUACCUAUUUCAAUUAGAUAUCCACAAUCUUCUGGAUCAGAUCACUCUUUUUCCAAACAGCCUGGGGUCUGUAAUGUUUUGGGAAAAAGUACUGCACUAGGUUCUGCAAUCUCAUAUUCCAUGCAUGCUGAUAUUCCUCGGGUUAGCGUUUGGGAUAGACUGGGCAUGCCAUGUGAUGAUGUACCUGCAGAGGGCGAGAGUAUUGAUCUGCAUGCUGUUGGUUGUCACAAGCUAGAUGAGGAAGUGCACAAUCAGCGUGCAUCAAUAGCUUCCCGGCUUAGUUGUAGGGCCUCUAGUAUUGAUGGAAGGUCCGAAGGUUACAAUAACCUUGAUGAGAGUGAGAAUCCGGAGGAUGGUGUCAUGAGAACACGUGAGCCUCAUACUUCAGGUGAUAACAGACAAAAGAGGCUCUUUAGAGAAAUUAGCAGUGGCCCUAGUAUUGGUUCAGUUCCUUCAAAGGAUAAGGGUAAGAUGGAGCCACAAGUCAAAGAAAUUUCACUGGAGUUCAAGAGAUCAAACGUGGCCACCAAAGAUUCAAAUACCACUCCAAUUGUGGUCUCUAAAGUGCUUGAUAUGAAACAGAGACUGAAUCAAAUAGAGAUGGAGAUGACGAAGCUUCGGUCAAAGCAAGUGGAAUUGAAGAUGGAUGGAAAACUUUGUCAAGUGUCAAAUCCUAGUGAGUUAAAGCAUCCAAUGGAAGAUAUUGAUUCGAGAACGAUAUUUGUGACAAAUGUGCAUUUUGCUGCAACUAAGGAAGGUUUGUCAUUGUACUUUGCCAAGUGUGGUGCCAUUGUCAAUGUGAUAAUAUUGAUCGAUCCAGUAACUGCUAAACCAAAAGGGUCUGCUUAUAUUACAUUUGCUAGCAAGGAGUCUGUUGACAAAGCAGUGGCACUCAGUGGAACAGCAUUUCUUUCAAGGACAAUUCAGGUGUUGAGAAAGACAGAAGCAGCAUUAGCACCAAUCCAUGCUGGCAAGUCUUUAAAAGUUCCGACGCUGUUGCCUAAUGGAAACAAGGUGACUGUCCCCACCAAACCAUAUUAUUCGAACCAUCAUCUACAAUGGCGAAGAGAGCACGUCAGCAGCACAUCAGAACCAUCAGCCUCAGCUAGUGAUCGCAGUCGGCCUCUUCUGCCAGUCACAGAGAGCUUUUCGUUUCACCGAGAGGAGAAUACUUAGCUACACCAAUGACAGUAUCCAUUUAGAUAUGAUUUUCUUAACCAUACCGCGCUACCAAUUGGGUAGGCUUGAUUAGUUGAUUUGCUAAUUUUACUUUUGAAAUUAGACCGGUGUCUUUGUGGAAUCAGAAUAUGCAGAAUAGUAGAGAUGAUCAUGGUGUCUCCUUUAGAAUAUGUAAAUGUCUUGAUCUCAGGGAGUAUACAAACUCUUGUACAAAUCUUAUUGUUCAUGAUUGAAUUUUGAUUCAGUUUUGUGAUUGUGUAUUGUAUAUAAGAUGUA